UCUCUGCCCACAGAAAUGAGCCGUGAGGCUGCACCAGCGGUACCUACUAGAACCUCAACGUGUAUACCAUCCUCCCAGAGCGCGCCUUCCCUGACUGGCACCGCUGCGGCCAACAAUGACCUAGCGAGUCUUUUUGAGUGUCCGGUCUGCUUUGACUAUGUGUUACCACCCAUUCUUCCCUGUCAGAGUGGCCAUCUUGUUUGUCGCAACUGUCGCCCAAAGCUCUCACGUUGUCCGACUUGCCGGGGCCCAUUGGGGUCCACUCGCAACUUGGCUAUGGAGAAAGUGGCCAAUUCAUUACUUUUCCCGUGUAUAUAUUCCUUUUCUGGAUGUGAACUAACUCUGCCAUACACAGAAAAAGCAGACCACGAAGAGCUUUGUGAGUUUAGGCCUUGUUCCUGUCCAUUCCCUGGUGUUGCCUGUAAAUGGCAAGGCUCUUUGGAUGCUGUUGUGCCACAUCUGAUACAUCACCAUGAGUCCGUUACAACCCUACAGGGAAAGAAAAUAGUUUUCCUUGCUAUAGACAUUAAUCUUUCUGGUUCUAUUGACUGGGUGAUGGUGCAGUCCUGUUUUGACUUUCACUUCAUGCUAGUCUUGGAAAAACAGGAAAACUACGAUGGUCACCAGCAAUUCUUUGCAAUUGUACAGCUGAUAGGAACACGCAAGCAAGCUGAAAAUUUUGCUUAUCGACUUGAGCUAAAUGCUCACAGGCGGCGAUUGGCUUGGGAAGCCACUCCUCGAUCUAUUCAUGAGGGAAUUUCAACAGCCAUUAUGAACAAUGACUGCCUAGUUUUUGACACCAGCAUUGCACAGCGUUUUGCAGAAAAUGGCAAUUUAUGCAUCAAUGUAACUAUUUCCAUGUGUUGA